CAGCGGCUCCGGCUCCGCGAGCAUCAUAACACAGAGUCAAUUUACUGACGUGAGUCGAGCUAAUGCGCGCCAUCGAACGCGGUGAAAUCUCCAACUUCCGACCGCGCAGCGGAUCGCGGCUCAGAUAACACUCACCGAACUAAAGACACUUGUGACCGGGGGCUCGCCCGAUACUCGGGCAGAUAUUUCUGUUGUUCCGCUUGUUUCAAACUUUUGUUUCUAGACUGAUCAACAGCGCCUCGACUUGGAGUUGCAUUGUGGGCAGUUGCAGGUGUUCCGUUGGCACUUCGUUUAGUGUUUUAAGAUUUUGUUUAGUUUUUAGUUUUUACGUGGUUCAUGCACACAAAUGUUAGCGGUGGGGCAAAUGGAUGCUAACAGGCAGAGUGCUUUCGUGUUGAGUAGCACGCCACUGGCUGCGCUUCACAACAUGACCGAGAUGAAGAGCUCGCUGUUCCCCUACACGCUGCAGAAUCCCGCAGGCUUCAAGGCUCCUUCAUUCACCAACCUCAGCUCACAGCUGCCGCUGGGCACACCGCACGGAAUUAGCGAUAUACUGGGACGCCCCAUCACCACGGCGGGACAACUGCUCUCCAGCUUUCCGCGGAUAAACGGCUUGGCCACCACUGCCGGGAUGUACUUUAACCCCGCUGCCGUGUCGCGCUACCCGAAGCCGCUGGCGGAGCUCCCGGGCAGAGCGCCUAUCUUCUGGCCCGGAAUGGUGCAGAGUUCCCCGUGGAGGGAGCCACGAAUGCCCUGUCAGGCACAAGCAAAUAUAAUGUUGGACAAAGACGGGAAGAAGAAACACUCCAGGCCAACUUUUUCAGGACAGCAGAUUUUUGCGCUGGAAAAAACCUUCGAACAGACAAAAUACCUGGCCGGGCCGGAAAGAGCACGCCUCGCUUACUCACUGGGAAUGACCGAGAGUCAGGUCAAGGUCUGGUUUCAGAACCGGAGAACCAAGUGGCGUAAGAAGCACGCAGCGGAAAUGGCCACCGCCAAAAAGAAACACGACUCGGAAACGGAGAAGAUGAAGGAAAGCUCGGACAACGAGGACGACGACGAGUACAACAAGCCGCUGGACCCCAACUCAGACGACGAAAAAAUUACGAGACUGCUGAAAAAGCACAAGUCUGCGAGCCUGUCGCUCAUGAGCCCGAGCAGCAGCAGCUCGGACACGUUGUGAUGCUGAGCACAGACUGUUUCUCCAGCAGCUGAGGAACGUUCACAAACUUAAAGCAGGGUACACAGGGGGGCUCAGAGCCUCCCACUGCUGCCGCAAGAGGAACUCGGAUGUAUAUAUUUUCUACCGAGUAAAUUAUGUUAUGAAGCCGCCCAAAAGGACAUGGCCAGUGUGCACUCAUCUCCUGUGGCAGAAACCUCAUUUCUCUUACUGUCGCCGAAUAACCAAGUCUAUCACUACUUCUUCUCCGACUUGGAGAAGUCUUACUCCGAGUACAAGUCCACCGGCUGUAAAUGUUCAUGUAAAUAGGAUUUGUUCUAACAGUUUUAACCGUAUCCUCUCCGGCCGGCUCUUUUCAUUUAAAAAGGACUCUAAGUUUUAGGGCUACCUCUGUAAAAACAGAUCCAGAUGGAUUGGAGGGUUAAAUGCUGAAUUAAGAGAAUAUUAUUGCUUCCGUGCUGAAGUAAGAAAACCUUUGUAUUAUCAAUAAAUUAUUUAACAAGCUUAUGUUUUAAAUAUGUCUCAAUAGAUUUCAUUUCGUUAUGUCUUCAAAUGUUAGCACGAUUAAGCUAGUAGUUUGCCUAAUUUAUGCUUUUUUAUAAGGAACAGUAGCUGAGACUGACAAACACUCAAAGUCAUUAAACUUUUUGGUGUCUUGCUUUCAAACAAAUUAUCAGCUAGAACAACUGAUUAAUAAAAACAAACCGUGCAGUAUAUGACUAUCAAUGGCUAUAGACAGUUAUUGCUGAACUGACGGGAAUUAGCCUGUUAGUUUUAUUUCCACUUUGAGAAGUGAUAAGCAGUGUACAUUAAUAAAUACAAUACUGUGUAACAGGUGAUACGCAGGAAACAGUUUAAUUUACAGAAGUAAGUUGAAGAUAAAGAUAAAUGCUUUUCCCCCAUGGAUCAUUUAAAUAGGCAACCUACAACCUGCUUCAUAAACGUCUGGCUACAGAUAUAGAUAUAGUCUGUAGACUCAGUGCAACUGAACCCGCACUUUAAUCUUAAUGAGAAGGAUUUAAUCUCUAUAAAUGAUAUCCUAAUUAAAUAGGCUAUACAGAUUUUUUUUUUUUUUUGUAAAAUUCGUUAGACAAAUAUAUACAAAUAUUAGAGUAAAAUUCGCUCAGGACGCUAAACUCCAACGAGAAUGGAAUAAUUUGCAAAAAAGAUCAUGACUCAUUUAUUGAAACAAACUUAUUAUGCACACAUUGAA